UGUAUGCUGAGGGAGCCAUGUUGAUGCCUGGUUUUGUGUCAACCGCUGCACUUUGGAUGGUUAAAGGACUGCGUCUCAAGGACCGGGAAACCUCAGCGGUGAUUCCAGCCCCGCGAUGAGAAGAGGAGAGCGGGUCGGGACGGUACAGGGAGCGCCAGAGGACAGCUGCUCUUAGGUCUCCGGACAUCGCACAGUUGAUACGAAGCAAGUGAAGUUGAUGCUAGUUAGCCUGAUAGCUAGGUAGCAACAGCUGUGCGGACGCUGCGUGGGAUGCGGCGUGUGGACUAAAACAGAAUCAUCGUCUGUGCUUGUGGUAUUUUGUUAACACAUGCUAACGUUAGCUAGCCUGCUUCAAGACUUGGGAUAACAACGGGGCUGCUGGAUUCACGCUAGCUUGCUUAAGUAGAGCUAGUGGUAGCUAGCUAGCUAGCUGUUAGCUAACGUUUACAUGGUGACAAUCAGCUCGCAUCUUCAGUCACGACCAACAUUUGCUAGCUGAGCGGACCCUAACUUAUUGUUACUUUCACACAGUCUGCCAGCUGUGGAGGACCGUGUUGUGUGACAAAACCCCCCCCCCGAAAAACCCUCGAGUGGAGAUAUGGCGAUACAUCCAGUCUCUGUGGAAAGCUACCGAUUCGCUUGCCCAGCUUGCCAAGGAGCGGCUAACGGGCUAGCAGCAUAACUUUCCUCUCACGGUGUCACUCAGAAGCUGCAGAGCCCACUUCCUCGCUAGCCGACCUCUCGUACCUGAAGCAAGCUGGCGGCCCUCCGAGUAGAAGCCGAGGACAAGGAGCUGGGGCCGAUGGCCUGGGUGCUGAAGAUGGACGACGCCACCAUAGAGUCGGGGCUGGUUCACGACUUCGAUGCCAGCCUGUCCGGCAUCGGGCAGGAGCUGGGGGCUGGAGCCUACAGCAUGAGCGAUGUGCUGGCUCUGCCAAUCUUUAAGCAGGAGGACACCAGCCUCCCUCCUGAAAGCGAGACCAAAAAUCCCCCAUUCCAGUAUGUGCUGUGCGCCGCCACCUCGCCUGCUGUCAAGCUGCACGACGAGACGCUCACAUACCUAAACCAAGGCCAGUCUUAUGAGGUGCGUAUGUUGGAUAACAGGAAGCCAGAGGAGUUACCAGAGAUCAAUAACAAGAUGGUGAAGAGCACUGUGCGCGUGGUCUUUCACGACCGCCGGCUGCAGUACACAGAGCACCAGCAGCUGGAGGGCUGGAGGUGGAAUCGUCCUGGCGACCGUCUCCUUGACAUCGAUAUCCCCAUGUCAGUGGGCAUUGUGGAGCCGAAGACUCACCCCUCCCAGCUGAACGCUGCAGAGUUCCUGUGGGACAUGAACAAAAGAACUUCUGUUUUUGUGCAGGUGCACUGCAUCAGCACAGAGUUCACUCCCAGGAAGCACGGUGGAGAGAAGGGCGUCCCCUUCAGGAUCCAGAUCGACACGUUCGCCCAGGGAGACAGUGGAGAGUACACAGAGCACCUCCACUCUGCCUCCUGCCAAAUCAAAGUCUUUAAGCCAAAGGGGGCGGACCGUAAGCAAAAGACAGACAGGGAGAAGAUGGAGAAACGAACAGCUCAAGAGAAGGAAAAGUACCAGCCUUCUUAUGAUACCACUAUCCUGUCAGAGACGAGGCUUGAACCCAUCAUAGAGGAUGCGGGUGACCACGAGCUGAAAAAGUCCAGCAAGCGGACACUUCCCGCUGACUGUGGCGACUCCUUGGCCAAGAGAGGCAGUUGCUCCCCGUGGCCAGACAACGCCUACGUUAGCCCCAACCAGGCAGCUACUCCCUCCUUCACCUCCGCCCCGCUGUCCACCUACACAACCUCCUCAGUACCGGACAGUGACUCGUCCUCACCCAAUCACCAGGCAGACCCUGGUAGCCAUGGAAACUCGGAGGUUAGUCUUCACUCCUCUCACCUGAAUGAACUGGUGGAAAACCAGUUGAGCCCCACUGCCUCCAUACAGGAUGCACAGAAGUGGCUACUGAAAAAUCGCUUCAGCUCCUACACACGGCUCUUCUCUCACUUCUCAGGUUCUGAUUUGUUGAAGCUAACCCGGGACGACCUGGUCCAGAUUUGUGGGCCAGCAGAUGGGAUCAGACUCUUCAAUGCACUUAAAUCCAGGUCAGUGCGUCCCAGGUUGACAGUGUACGUCUGCCAGGAGUCUCCCCAGGAGAGCCCUCUGUUGGAGAGACACGCCACCAAUGAAAAUGGAGAACACAGCAUUUCCCCUAGUUUACACGUGUAUCAUGCUCUGUACCUAGAGGAGCUCACUGCUGCCGAACUGAUCCGAAAGAUGGCAUGUGUGUGCAGCCUUCCACUGGGAACGAUCAACCAGGUGUACAGACAGGGUCCCACAGGCAUACACAUCCUGCUCAGUGACCAGAUGGUUUACAACUUGCCUGACGAGAGCUGUUUUUUGAUCAGCACUGUCAAAGAUGAACUGGGCGAAGGACUCCAUCUAAUCCUGAAGUAGUGAGGAGGACAGAUGGUAUCACUAAUACUCCACCCUCUGUUUUGGAGCAGAAGCCUCCCUCUGUCCCUCUCUGCCUGCCUCGACUCUUUCCUCGUACUUCCUCCCGUUCUCUCCAAGCGAUUGCUCGACGGAAAGCAGACAGACUGUGCUAAAGCCAUGUAAAUGUUAGAAUCUGACAUGGGUGCGUCCACUGUUUCAUAUUGAAAACACUAUUAACGGAGGAGAUUAGUUUAAAGAGGAGAGACUGGGGGGAUAUGGGGUCAGGGGAAAGAUAAUGAUGUUGUAUGUAUUUUGAUUUUAUUAUUUUAUUUUUUGUCUUUUAUAUGGUUCCUGUGGGAUAAGGGUGGGGGGUUGGGGGGACUCCAGGAGAGAGGGGAGAGUGACGUUCUGGCCGGCAGGAGAAGGAAAGAAAGCAGAGUUUCCUUAUUGCUCGUUGCCCUUCUUACACAACGCGCACAACCAGCACUAGGCCAGUAUUUGAUAACCUGUACUGCUGAACAGCAUGCGAUCUCAACAUACUAACCUGCUUAACGGAGAAUCCCAAUUUACUCUGCUUGUUUAACACGACGGGGUUGUCUUAAUAAACCAUUUAUUGAUCAGCUGAGCUUGGUAACCCCUGAGAUAUUCAGGCUAAAUUUGUGGAAAUGCCGUCAUUAGUGGAUGUUGACACCAACAUUCAAUUUUUUUUCUUGAACUUUGUCAUAUGGACUGAUUUCAUUAACUCUUGUCACAUAGAGUCACCCUGUGUGACUUUAGACCUCCAGCCAUAUCCCUGUUGACAUGACGUCACACUCAGCUCAACUCUCUUCAUGUACGUCCUGUUCGGCCUGCGCUUUUACUUUUUUAGUUGAUGCUUUAUUUAUGGAGCAACUGUUUCUAUUGCUCUCAUUGAAUUUACUCGUUUCUGGUGCCAUACCAGCUUUUUAGCUCAAUAUUUUACCCACUUUUCACAAACACAGUGCACACGCACCUUGUCUUUGACUCCUCUGCUUUCUGUGCUGAGUUCGAAACACUGGUUUAGAGGAGCGUGGUUUACACCUUCUGGUAUUGUGGCCAUAAAUAUGCAGAAAAAGAAAACAAACCUCUGUAGAAGACUGGCAUGUGGAGCAUUAAUGCCUAUCCAAAAACCAUGUAUAAAGUGGACCAAAUGGGUGUCAGAUUGGUAGGCAUUUUUGGGGGAAAAGCCUCAUUUUGGCUCUGUGCAUCUCGGUCAUUGGAAGCAUUCAUAGAAUUGAUCCGAUGGCGAGUGACACCCUCAUCUAGUGGAGUUGCUUGUGCUCUGCAUGUACAUGUAGUUAACUCUCCAUUCCAGGAUCUGCUCUGCAAGAAACAACCCAUCACACAGCACGCUGGUGGAGAUGUAUCACAGCGUUAGCCUGGUUUCAACAGUCCUACCCUGUAGACUAGAAAAUCAUGGCAGCUCCACAUCCAUCUUCAGAAUCUUUUAAUGUGUUUAAUGUAGCUGAACGCAGUACAGGCCAUGUGUUUCGAGCGCCCUUUGAAAAGUGACGGGACAUCUCACACAGGUCCUCGGAGUCGCCGCUGGUUUAGUUGACCCCCUUUAAUUUUGGUACACGAUGUCCGGCAGUGUUGCAGGUGCAUACAGUUUGCACGCCUCUAAGUGUCAGAAUGUGUGUGUGUGUGUGCAUGUGUAUCAUGUUUUGUUCUUGCAAAAAAAGUAUGUCCGUAGUUGUCAUAAACUUUUUUCCUGUCAGAUAAGUAAAGUUCUAUUGAAUUGAAUUGAAUUGAACUGUGUUUAGCUUGCCGCUUAGUAAAGAGCAUGUGGAAGAUGGGGAAAUGGUGGGAUUAUUUGGUUCUUGUUGAGUGUAACCCUUCCUCCUUUAACCAGAUGUUAGAGACCAAGUCUGCACUGAGAAAUCACUAAACUCAAGCUCAAUGUGUAGUCAGUAGUCCUACAGCUACACCCUUUUCUUACCCGCCUAUAAGAAGGAGAACAAAACAACAACAAAAAAAGAAUGUGGAGACUAGAGAGCAUCUGUGUUUUUGUCUCACCAUGCGCCCGAGCCAGGACUGUAGCUCUUGAGGUGUUUACAAGGAUAUGAGUACCACGGCACAGCAAACUGUGCUCAGUAACAGAGCGGAUGUGAUACCAAGUCAGGCAAACUCUGGUGAGCAGUUUUAGGACCCUUGAAGGCCUGACCAGUCGUCUGUCUGUCUGUGUGACUGAGUGUGUGUGAGAGAGUGUGAGCAGGAGAGGUGACCACUGUUCAUGUACAGCCUAAUGUCAAUGAUGAUGCUUCUCAUGUGCACAGUAUCGUAUGCUGGAGAUGUACACAACCACGUACUGGGAAUAAAUGAUUUCAUAACUUUC